GGAACCUAACAACACAAGAAGAGUAGCAAAGGAGAGAGAGAGAGAGAGAGAGAUGGGAAGAAGCCCUUGUUGUUCAAAGGAGGGUUUGAAUAGAGGUGCUUGGACAGCUCAUGAAGACAAAAUCUUAACAGAGUACAUUAGGGUCCAUGGAGAAGGAAGAUGGAGAAACCUUCCCAAAAGAGCAGGUUUGAAAAGAUGUGGGAAAAGUUGCAGACUUCGAUGGUUGAAUUAUCUCAGACCUGAUAUUAAGAGAGGCAAUAUAUCCUCAGAUGAAGAAGAGCUAAUCAUCAGGCUUCACAAGCUCCUGGGAAACAGAUGGUCUCUAAUAGCUGGGAGGCUUCCAGGGCGAACAGACAAUGAAAUAAAGAAUUACUGGAACACCAAUUUAGGUAAAAAAGUUAAAGAUCGACACCAAACGAGUACUUGUUCUCGUUUACUCUCUGCUAAACCCAAUGGAAAGAGCACACAGAAUCCAAAGCAGAACCAACUAACCCCAAUGAACACUCCCUCCCAUUCAGUAUCUCCUCCAAAGCUAGAAUCCCAUGUGGUUCGUACAAAGGCUGCUAAGUGCUCUAAGGUAUUAUUCAUAAACCCAUUACUCCCUCACUCAUCAAUGCAAUUACAGAACAAGUACUCCAAGGCAGAAGCAGAAGCAGAAGCAGAAGCAGAGGCAGAGGCAGAGGCACCAUUGCUUGAGGAUAAUGCUUUAGCCAGCAUUAAUUCAGUAAGUAACCAAAUGGAACCCAGUAUGUACGAUGAUGGGUUUUUGUCAUUUCCAAGUGAAGAUCACAAAGAACUUUCAACGGAUUUGCUCAUAGACUUUAACGUGGGUGAUAUUUGCUUAUCUGAUCUCCUCAACUCGGAUUUCUCAAAUAUGGGCAAUUUCAGUGACAGUAAUAACAACAACCCCGAGCUAUUAUCGCCUUGUUCGGACCAACCUCCUGUGUUCUCUGACGAAAUUCUUAAGGACUGGACACAAAGCAAUUUUGCUGAUGAGACAAAUGUGUCAAACAACCUUCGUUCUUUCACUUCGUUCCUCGAGUCCAGUGAGGAAGGACUGGGAGAAUGACAAUGGCUUAAAUAAAAUGUCCUUUUGUAUUAAUAUAUGUUCACCAAUAAGUUUGCCAAUUUAGUCAUUUUAUUUCA